UGCAUUGUCGCGAGGGGAAUGUAGCUAGUAUGUAAUUUUAACCAGCCAGCCCUAUGGCUAGCUAAAUGGUAAAAAAAAAAAAAAAACCUAUGUCCAGAAGGAAUGACCAUUUAUGCUAGUCCAUCAAAUUAAAUUGUUUGUUUUACUUUUGUUGAAUAGGGCAAAUAAAUAGCGUCUAAAUAUCAGUUUUUUCCACAAUGAAGCGCGUUUCUGCUAAUGUUCUUGGUAGAACUUAUUAUCCACAUAUUCAAAAUGGAGUCGACAACGUAUUUUUUUACUGCCUCAAUUCAGCAACUGGGGCCGGCGAUACCUACGCCAACGAAAAUACUAAGCUAAAUUCUGAGGAUGAGAUAGAUAUGGACGAAGAUGACGGUUGCUCUCGUAGCUCCGCGGAUCCAGGGAAAAAUGCUGUGAAACCAUUUGUAUUUGAUACCCGGUUCUCGUCGAGCACAAACGCGGACGGUUCUUUACCUUCUUCCCCCGAUACACCGUCGGCCUGUGGGAAAAUGCCUGAAUUCCCCGCCAGUCCCAACGGAAAAUUUGAAAAGGAAACGCUGGAAAUCAUCGAAAUGUUUUAUCGGACGCACACAGGAGACUCCCGGUCAGCUAAAACCAACACCAAGGUUUUGUCAACAAUGAAACGAGUAGUGGAUCAUUUAAUCGAAAAACACCAGUUCGCCUACAACGGUAUGAUCCUCAAGCUGAGUUUGGAUCAGCAGGAGGACAGCAUGAAAUUCAUCUCAUGUAUUGCUAAGAACAUCUUCUCUGAUGGGACCACCAACUGGGGGCGUAUUGCCAGCCUGUUGGCAUUUGGUGCUGUGGUGUGCGAGCACCUGAAAGAUAGUGGGAGAGAGCACUGUGUGCCGGUGGUUAGCCAGGAAAUCUCCUCUUUCCUCCUGUCUGAUCAGCGGGAUUGGCUGCUUAACAACAAAGCCUGGGAGGGGUUUGUGGAGUUUUUUCACGUGGAAGACCCUGAAUCUGUGGUGAGAAGUGCACUCAUGGCUUUUGCGGGAGUGGCUGGGAUAGGGGCAGGACUUGCAUACUUGAUCCGAUGAAUCUGUUGGACUAUAUAAGAAUGGACAGAUCGAACUUACGCUUUGAAGAUAAACCUACAGUGAUGGCUGCUCUCAAUUUCCAACUUUUGAAACCGAAUGAAUGCAGGUUGGGUUUUCUUUUUUUCCCCUCCUUUCUCUUCCCCCCCCCAUAGGUGGGGUUGGUUUGAGACAUUGCCAAACUGAUUUGUGACUGGACAUUUGGCAAUUCAUCACCUGUUUGCACAACACAUUCUGUGGCGUUUUUUGUUUUUUUCACCGUUAUCCCCCAGCAUAUGUAGCUGAAAGUCAUUUUUUAACUUUCAGAAUGACUACAUCAUAAGUACAUCCAGUAUUGAACGGUGAACACUGACUCUACCUGCCUUUCUGCUAUCAGAAUGCCAUCACUGUAUGUCAUUGAGGGUUUUAAAUAUUCAUUAUUUUUUUUAAUUUAAUGUAUACCUGAAAAUUUUAUUUUUAUAUAAAAUUUUAUUUACAAACAAUAUGUAGGCUAUUUGUUUUGGAUUUUCAUGGAUUGCCCAAGAUGUCCCUCUUUUACCCAACUUUGACCAUGUCCAUAGACAUAGUUUUGACUUUUCCCUUGUGGUAUAUGCACAACAAACAAUUGAGCUGUAAUUCCAUCCAUUGUAGAAAAUGGUCAGAUUACCAAGAGUUAGUAAAUUUCAGCUGUAAAAAGUCAGUCUGUCAGUCAGCUGUACUUAAAUUCCACUAACAAUGUAAAGCUGUUACCCAUUUACUUUUUAUUCCCCCCUUGCCCCCCUCAAAAUAUUGUAGGAAAUGGUCUGAAUUGUUACUGACCACUAAUGUUCAAAAAUGUCUCUCUGUAACACUUCCUGCUGCCAGUCAAAAAAAUGAGGAAAAAAAAGUUUGUAUGACUUGCAUUCUGUUGAAGGCUUUGGCACUAUAGGUUGGGUAAGUGUUUGUGUUGCACAACGCUGUAAAUUCCAUUCAAAACUA